AUGCAGCUCUCCAAGCUCCUCCUCUUCGUCCCCCUCGUCCUGGCAGUCGCCUCUCCGGACGCCGGCGCCGACGACGUCACGGCCGUCGCCCAGGUCGAGGCCCGCAGCGGCGCCGCCCCGGCCCUCUUCGCCAAGCGCGCCUGCAACGCCAACGGGUGCAGGUGCAGCACCAAGCACAAGCUCAAGCAGGGCCAAUACUGCGGCAACUGCGUGUGGUCCAACGGUGAUGGGUACAUUAUCACCAAGAAGCGCGUCAACAACCACGUUUAUGAGUGCUCGCCCAACGGUGACUGCUGCGACUACGGCGUCGCCAAGGACUGUGGCAGCGGCACUGCUCGCUGCGGUUGA